AUGUCUAGAUCUGGUGGUUUUUGCAGGAGGAUGUCUAGGUGGUUCGUGGCGGUGGUAGCCCUAAUAAUAAUAAUUCACUCUUUUGCGUUGACAUUGCUUAAUGUUAAUGUUGUUGUUGUUGAAGGGAAGAGGACCAUUGUUAAUGUUGUUGAAGGGAAGAAGAAAGAAAUGGUCGUCGCUCCAAAUGGUUUCUUUGACCCUAUACCUCCCAUCCCUUUCUUGCCUCCGCCGUCUCUAAUUCCUCCUGUUCUGCCCUCGCCCUCGCCGCCUUCUCUCAUUCCUCCAGUUCUGCCCUCGCCGCCUUCCCUCAUUCCUCCCGUUCUUCCAUCGCCGCCUUCUUUCCAGCUUCCUCCCAACCCCUUCUUCAACCCCCCACCAUCGCCGCCUUCUCUCCUUCCUCCAAACCCUUUUAAGCCACCCUCACCACCACCGUCGACGCUCUUUCCUCCCAUCCCGGUACUUCCGCCGCCCUUGAUUCCGGGUCUGCUCCCAUCCCCGCCACCCCCUCCUCCUCCUCCUGCUUUCCCGAUUCCUCUCCCUCUCCCUCCACUAAUCCCAAUUCCUCCUUUCCCUGGAAUCCCACCAGCUUCUUCUUCUUUCACCUCCUCCACAAAGAAGAAGACCUCCUCCUCCUCUCCAUCAAAUUAA